AUGGCUGCCACCCACUUGGCUGGCCCAAGUUCACUUUCUCAAGUUUCACUGGAGGUCCGAAAGAUACCAGUGGAAAAAGGGCUGUGCAUUACCAUCCCUUGCAAGUCUGAAUUUCCCGAAGGCUCCCUGAGUGACCCCAGGAUUAUAGGCUACUGGCUCAAUAAAAACAUCAGCUCCUUUGUAGCUACAAAUAAGCCCAAUGUGACCAUCGAGGAUGACACCAAGGACAGAUUCCUUGUUAUUGGGAAUCUUGAAGAGCAAGACUGUACCCUGCUGAUCCAUGAUAUACCCCAAAGCGAUAGCAUGACAUACUUAUUUUAUGCAGAUCUAGAAGAACAAAGAAACCUGACCCAGAAACCAGAGCUCCACAUACCAGAGAUUAUUAUAGUUGGGGAACCUGUAACCCUGACCUGUUCCAUCAAAGACACCUGCAAAGAAAGCAAAGCCCUCUACCUCACCUGGAAAGGACCCACCGUAUCCUCCAACAUGGGCAUCUCCAGCAGCGACUUCUCCUCAAUGUUACACUUCACCCCAAAGCCUGAAGACCAUGGCGCCACUCUCAGAUGUCCCUUGAACGUCUCCCGAGCUAACAUGACCAGAACACCUCCCAGACUGCUGAGCUUCUCUUGUUCCUUGAAGAAGACGCUGCAAUGCAGAUGUGCCUUCCAUGCCAUUCCCAUACCCUCCGUGUAUUGGUGGAUGGGAGAUGUUCUUGUGGAUGUGAACAGCAUGUAUAACAUCUUCCAUGUGACUUCCACCACAUUUUUCCCCUGGGUCAACAGCACCAUACGACUAAUUGGAGAUCCAGAAGUACUCGUGAACCUUCGCUGUGAGGGGAGGAAUCCAAUGAAGAUCCUUAAAUGGUGUGAGAGAAGACAAAUGGCAAAGACCAAAGAAGGCUUGAUCCUCAAGAACCCAGCAUUGCUGGAGAAGACGGAGACCCUCAGGAAUCCCGAAGCUCAAACCCCACCUGCCCAGGAGCAAGGAGGGGGAGAGCUGAAGGAGGAGGACGUGAUUAAGGACCCGGUGGAGGAGGGCGCUGGGCUCCAGGAAAAGUGUCCCAGAGCCGGGGUUCAGGGGAUGCCGGAUAAGAAGACUCGGGGACGCCUCCGGCAGGAGGGGGUAGGGGCUCGGCCGCAGUAA